AACUUGUAAAGUUGGCAACUCAACGUAUUUUGCUGAGACGCUGACAUAUUUCAUUGCUGAGAUUUUGGGUUAUUUAUUUCUUUUUGUAAAUUAUUCAGUGCGGAAAAUAAUAGUUAAAACAUUUUUGAAACACAACAAUAUAUAUAUUUUUUAAGAUUUAGUAAAACGAAACCGUAAAAAUUUAUCAGUAAUAAAAUUUAGCGGGUAAGUGGGACAAGUGGCGCGCCGUAGACAGAAUCCACAUCAGGUUAUAUAACAUAAUGGCUCGCGGUCAUCAAAAAAUCCAAUCACAAGCAAAAGCUCAAGAAAAGCAGGCUAAGUUAAAGAAACAGCAGGGACAUAAUGCCAAUGAACAAAAAAAGGCCGCACAAAAGGCUUUAGUUCAUGUUUGUGCUGUAUGCAAAUCUCAAAUGCCAGACCCGAAAACGUACAAACAACAUUUUGAAAAUAAACAUCCCAAAAACGAACUGCCACCAGAGCUCAAGGACGUCUAAAUUUUAUGAAAAUGCGCUUUACCCGCCUUGAACUUCAAGAUUAUUUUGAAGCAUCUUGCGAAAGAAAUCUUGCAAUUAUAUAAA